AGUUAUGUGUAAACUGGCUGGCUCGUAAGUUAGCCGGCUUGCUGCUUGUUUUAGGAGCUUGCAUAGUCAGCUAGUUAGCAGCAUUGCAAGUUGAUGUGAACCUGACCAAAGAAAGAACUUUUUCCUCGAUUUACUUCAAAGAAGCUUGGAGGAUGGCAGACCUUACUUUUGUUAUAUCAAUAUCAGUGAUGACCGCGUUUUGGGGUAUCGUUGGAGGGUUUGUGCCGUUGCUCAUUCCCAAAGGACCUAACAGGGGAGUCAUUGUUACCAUGUUGGUGCUGACAGCAAUUUGCUGCUAUUUGUUCUGGUUGAUUGCUAUCCUGGCCCAACUGAACCCUCUGUUUGGACCAGCUUUGAGCAACGACACCAUCUGGUACCUGCAGUACCACUGGCCCUAGGGGUUCUCCUACUGCAGAGCAAGACCCCAUGUUGACCAGUAGGCUGCGCUCUCAAUCCUUUCCACAGAAACCAAACAUUCCUUUUUGCCUUAAAAAAAGAGCUGCGUGACUUCAUUGUAGAAGAGAUGAGAGUAAAUGACCAUGGAGGUAGUUUGCUCAAUUUAAUCCCGAAAGGAUUUAGAAUAAAAUCUCCUUGAGAUGUACAAGAUUACUUAAUGCAGAAUCUCUCGAUUUUUUUU